AUGAAUUACUGCCCAGAGACGGUUAUAGUGCACUCUGCAUUUUUUCUUGCUGAAAGUUUGCAAAGUUUGACCAAAUUGGAGAAAGGCAAGGGCACAAGAGCAGUUCAGAUCGUUUCAAAGGCCAUCAAAGAAGUAACUGGAGAAUUGCUUGUAGACGACAAAGGCAGGUUGCCCCAGGUUGAAGUCAGAAGACUUGAGUUUAAGAUUCACUCCUGGAUAUUUGCUUCGCUGCUUAAAGCAUAUGGCGGUCUUAAGUUCGACGAUUCUCGCGAAGAGGAUUAUUUCGACAGUUUUCCUCCUCUGCCAGGGAUGGGUGUCGAGUUCUAUCUCGAGCUGCUACAGGAAGUGGGAUGGAAUGAGCUUUUAGUCGAGGUAUGAUUGAAGUUAUUCUUUAAGACAACCAUCCUGCAAUUUUCGGAAAAAUAAGCUGGUUGUUGUCUCCUUGCGAAGUAUUUUUUUAUAUUACGGUUGAGUGUAAUCUUACUCUCCUCAAACCUAUCAAUGUUAAUACAGAUCUAGAAGUAGGCCGCAGGAAUCACAUAAUUUAUUUUGGGGGCAUCGAAAAAUAUGAUGAACAGUCUUUCUGCUCUCCAUAAUUUGAGACUCCAAAGAGUACCACUAGCUGUCCAAGAGUGACCCCUGGGAGUGACAAGCAUCUAACUUCUCCUUACAAUAUCACCCCUGAAUCAAGCAUUAAGGUAACAAGAACAAGGGAAAUUAUUUAACAGUAGACUUACUACGAAAACUCUGAUUUGCCGAGAGCAUACAGUCAAUAUUCAAUAACAUGUGAACUUAAUAUGAUUACUCAAUAUCUGCAAGAGAUAUUUGGUUAUUGAAUUGUCAAGUUUAAAGUCUACCUACUUUCCAAGCCCCUAAUCUGUGUAGUGUUCUCAAAUGUUUGCAGACUUAGGGAGAAGUGUCUUCUUUUUCAGUUUGUCUAAAAAAUGUAUAAUCACACAAUUAUUAAAUUUGGUUUUUGCAUGAUAUCAUGAAUUACCAAACCUCAUAUUUGUGUUAUCUGCCUCAGCAUCCAGCUUCAGCAGACACAUGUACCUCAGACCUCAGCAUUGAUAAAUCAUGAUGUCAUGCUCCACCUCAUCCAAUAAUUGCUUAUAAUCACCAACCAAAGGAGCUCUUGAUUGUUUAAAAAAUUCUCUGUCAGCACUCUAUGAAAUGUAUUUAGAACAGUAUGGAGGAUAUUCAUCACAAUAUUAGGGUUAAAAGGUUAAAAAUUUUUACCAUGAGAUGGAUGCUCCAAUUUUGGUAUUUUUGGUAUUGUUGUGGUGUUAAAAUUUUGAUAAUCUGUCUCUCCUUCUAUUAUUGCAGUGUCUUUGUGUACUAGAUGGAUACAAUAUAACUUCUCUUUUGGUGGAUAUCAUUAAAGUCCUUACUCAAGAACCCAGUUGUGAGGAUCUCUCUCUUUUCCUCUGUCUUUUCAAUUCUCUGCUCAUGUCCAGAAGCUUUCAUCGCCCAUCUCUUGAUGAAGAUAAUAAACUGGACAAAACAUGCAAAGAAAAGUCAUGCUCUUUACUGUUGUUGGAGGGUGUAAUGCUUCUUAGAAGGAAAUUUGUUGCCUGGCCAGCUGCACAGCUUAAUAUAUUGAAAAGUGUAAUUGACUUUGUUUUUACAGAUGUCACUUGUUUGGACUUCGUACUAGAUAGUUCAAAUACAGAUGGUAAUAUUUUGUGCGGAAUCUGUUGGCUACAAAAUUAUGUUUCUUGCAAACACCAACCUUUUACAAUAGAGGAAGAUAAAGUUCAAGAUCACAAAAAAAAUUUGGGUGACAAAUCAGAACACAAUGAAAAGACAGAAUCUUUUGGCAAUCACAAGCUUCAUGUGGAUGUUGUUGUUUCAGCAGAAUGUACUGCUUGUUUUAGCUUUUUAUGUCAAGUGAUAAUAAAUGAUUGGAGUGAGGUGUCACACUGGAUUCAAGGUGAUUUGAUUGACAAUAGUAUUGGCGAACUAGACUCCAGUUCCUGGCUGCCUUUACACAGGUGGUUAAUUAAGCUUUAUGCUUUGGCCUGGUGCAUUGGGUCACACUCUCAAGAUGAUAUAUUACACAAGCAGGCAAAGAAUCUGCAAACUGGUUUGGCACAGUAUGUGGAAAAGCAUGCAACAGAGGCAGAGCUUAACUGGAUUGAUAGCUUGAAGCAAGGGGAGUUGAUGGACUUUAAGGAAAGUUGCUGUGAAGAAGAAUUCAGUUCUCCACUUGGUAAGUACAAAAAAAGAUUUUCCAUUCAAGAGUUUUGAGGAUUUAGGAAUAAAAAACUGAAUGAAAGAUUUCUUGUCUAUGAUUUGGACAAAUAUCUGAUACCAGUAGCAUACAUUUUUACCUUAUUUUGACCCACAGUCAUGUUGGGACAACUGCCUUACUUUCCCACUGGUUCUUUUUAAACUGUGAUAAACUAGAAUCUCAUUCAGGAGUAAUGAAAGUAUGUGAUACUCCUAUUUAGAGCAUGGUAAGAAUGAGCUGUGGUAGUUUGUUGGUUCCAUAAACAGAGUGACAUAAAAAAGGAACAAACUCACCCAAAGUGUGUCUUACUCUAUAACAUACUUAUCUGUUACAUUUUCUUUCAGGAUCUGUAGAUUUGCUGCUGUUUCAAGCAGAAAGUACAGAGGACCAAUUCCAUUUCUAUUUACAAAGAGUCAAUAACAGAUUGGAAGGUUACAAGGAGUGCUUUGAUUGGCUGUUGAGUGCAGAGGAAUUUCAUGGAGACUCUGAUUGGUUAGAAUGCAUGAGAAACCAUGCUGUGGAAAUAAGUGAGGCUCAACAUGCGCUUAAAAUAAUAGACAUCAUCUACAUGCAAAGGCAGAGUCUUUGUGCCGACAACAUGAGUAGUGAUAUGAUUUACAAAGAAUUGAAGGAGGUAAGCUAGAUGGUUAACAACAUUGUUGUUGAAUAUGAAAUAAGUGCCUUUGCACAGACUCCUAAACUUAGUUAUGUAUAAAUUCUUCUGCCAAAUGUUUUUCACCAGCUAUUCUCCAUGACCCUUCCACAACAGAAUUUUCGUCAGUAGAUGGGACAUUAAUCUGCUUUUGAUACCCCCAGCUUCUUGGAAUCUAUGAUGACCUUUAGUGUACUUGGAAAUUUUUGUUCACUCGUGGAUUGGAGCAAAAAAAUUAAGAACUACUCUAAAGGCUGAUAUUAUAAAAUCUCUCAUCCAGAACUAAAUUUACUUCUAAAUCAUUUUCUUCUAAUUUUUCCAACACCCUGUGCCAACUUUGUUUUAUUCAUCAAGUUGUCUAAAAUGUAUUCAUACAUGUGUGAAGUAAAGUGGGACUGGGAAAUGCAUUUCUCCUGGUUGAUAUUUUUUCCUUUUUUCUGGUCACUUUUUAGCUUGAAAAUAUAAUUAUUGAUAGUGUAGGGAUGAAUUGUUUUUGGUCACUUUUGGGAGGGAAAUUGUUAACUGUGAUUGCCCCCCUUAUAAAACCUUGGUCACAAUAAAAAGGAGAUCAGGUUAACCCUGGAACCCCUAAGAGUGACUCAAGCAUCUAAUUUCUCCUUACAUUGUCAACCCUGAAUCACACAUUAAGGUAAUGAGAAUGAAGGAAAUGAUCACCAACUGAUGAAGCUCUUGACUAUUAAACAAAUUCUCUUUGUCAGCACCUUAGGAAAUGUAGAGAGAACAGUAUGGAGAAUAUGCAUACUGAUGUAGGGAUGGAAAGGGUUAUAGAGAUGGUAAAAUGUGAAAGAAAUUUUUCCUUAAUUUUUUUGUUACAUCGUAAAAAGUGGUUACAAUUAUAACAAGUUGGUCACAUAUAAAGUAGAGGCUAGUUUUAUGGGAGUCUCAGUAAGUUUUCUGUCUUUGAAUGUUGUUUUUAUUAAAUUCUUUUUCAGAUCUUGUUGACUCUGUAUUCCAAUCUGGCUUACCCUGCUCAAGAACAGAUCAUAGAGUAUGCUUUCUUCAUGUCUAGCUGCUUACCUUCUCCUGAAAAUGACUCAAUAUUUUUCCAUCCAUGGUUCAUGGCAGAGGAGAGAGCAAAUUUUCAGCUUGAGCUCGUCUUGACCUUCAAUAAACUUAUUGAUAUUGAUACUGAUAUUGGCAGUGAUGAUCAGUUGAAGUCCUCAACAAAAGAGUUGACAAGAGCUGCUCUGAUAUCAGUGCCCUUGACUCUUAACAAGGCUUUGCAAGAAGGAAUAAAGAGUCCGGCUCACACAAAAGCAAUUUGUUCUGUAAGUUGAUGGUUGGAGAUUGUUUCAUGAUACAGAGAUGGGAUAAAAAUAGACACAACCAUCAAAAACAACCAUCUGGCUGAUGAGGUUGUUUAUUCUUAUGGUCUAUUUGUUGUUUAAUGUAUGGAAAUUGUGAGGAGAAGCUACCUUUUCACCAUCUCUAGUAGUUGAAGGAUUAAAAUUUGGUCUCACCAACACUUUAUCUUGUUGACAAGUAAUUAAGAUAAGCUGUUUGCCAAGCAAGGAAAUCACCAUGUCCUGGGCAACCAGAUUGUUUUUUGUUUUUUGUUUUUUUUUUUAAGCCAUGACAGAGUUUGUUGUGAGAAACAUGUUCACCAGUUGGAAGUUAUCUGCUCAGGAAGAACUCAUUUCUAAAUGCCACUGUGUAAAGAUUUUGUGGAUAAAUGGUUUCAAUAGUUUCAUGAGAAACAAUCAAACCUCCAUAUCAUUCUUUUCAUGUCUGCUGCUCAUAAUAGAUAAAAUUUAACAUCUGAUAUUGAAUAAAUGUUAUUGUGUGUUUUACCAUAGUUGUUUUCAUUAUUAGUCUUUUAGUAUCAAUAAAAAUAUGGUUUUAUUUCAGGUAUUACAAAAGUUUCCUAAUUUGUGUGUAUUGAGAUACAACAAAUCUUCUUCCUCGAGAACAUUACUGUGCCAGGCAGUUAUCACAACCACAGUGAAUGUGUCAUCAAGACAACAGGAGAGCAACCUGUUAACAAUGGUAGCUGUUAUGUUGACUGUGAGUACUUUUUUGCACAAAUAGAACAAAUAAAAGUACUCAUUUGGAAAUCAUUGUGCCAUGUGUGCAGGAGUUUUCAUUAUCACCUAUCCACCAUAGAGUAAUAUAUCAUUGAGAUAACAUUAUUUGUGUGAAAAGAAGUCAGUUAUUGAGCUGGCUGGCAUGCCAUUUUAAAUCUGUAAUUAAGUCAGCCUUGUUACUUGUAUGCUUGUGUGUAGGGAAAAAGCAGGUUUUGAAGAUUUGCAUUUUAUUGAGGGUUUUCCUGGAGUGUUAGAGUUCACCAAGUUACUAUUUGGGUGGUAUUUUUUUUCUAACUGCAUACAAGCAGCUCUUUUAAACAACAGCAAUGUUAGGUGGGGCAGGGUCUGUGGACCACCUACUUAGCAUUGCAUUUUCCUUUCACCAACAGGUUUAAUCAUUGCCCUGUGGAACAUAGACAGCCUAAUCAUGAAUGUCUAAUAAUAUACCACUUUGCCAUAGCACUUCAUGGGCAACAACAAUUAUUCUCUCUUUUUCCCCUACCAUUUUUUCUUGCAGGCAAGUUCUUCACAACUACUUGAUGUCCAGGAGUUCAUACAAGCAGUUGUGUUACCAUUUUUAAACAACAGCAACAUGGAAGACAAUAUUCCCACUGUUCUUGCCCUCAAACUUCUUGAUACAGCAAUGGAAACUGUUUCUGUCGUACCCCAUCUACUCCUCCUCAAAAGGCAUUUGCCUACCAUCAUCAUUUGCCUCUGUGAAUUGCUCAAUGAUUGUAAUGUAUUUUGGAAAGGCAUGGCCCCAGAACACUCUCUGCUAGAGAUGGAAGAGUUAAGGGAACUGGUGCUUAAGGCUUUGGACAUUGAAAUCGAAAUCUGUCUAGAGGUUAUAAAAAUCAAUCCUUCAUUCGCAAGAGCUGUAGAGUGGCUGUUAAAAAGAAUAAGGGAUGGAUUUGGUAAUUAGAAAUCUUUAAAUUUUGUGUUACUGUAGAAUACACUUAAUCAAAUCUACUUAACAGUGUAGAAUCAAUCAUUGCAUUGUGACUUCAGAAUUAUAGCUUUAAUGUAAAAUCAUGGUUUGAGAUUGAAAAUUGUUGAUACUGAGCAUUUUUCGGUUAACAGACUGGACUAUUUCUCUUCAUUUGGACGAACUCUUCACUGCAGCAUCUACAAUGUACAAACUGGCUAUUCCUCCAUGUUUAUUGAUGGUAUGUUUGGAGCCUGGAGACAAGUGGACAGUCAAUGAAGACUUGGCAUAUGGUAACUAGUUAUAUUUCUUUUAGAUUCACCAAUGAUAUCAUAUUUCUGCAAGACUGAGACAAUAAUCUUUCACAAUGGUUAAAAGAUUAUCUGCUGAAUUUCUGACAUGUCAAAGCCCACAUGGAAUAUCCAAAUAGCCUAAAAAAUUUUCGGUAUUCUGCACAUGUCUUUGAUAGGAAAUGACACUAGCUUUUUGCCAUUUCAUUGCAAUGGAAUUUUUGUGUUGAUGCAUGCUACUACCCUCUGCAACGAUUAAAGUUUAUUCAACAGAACAUUGGCAUAAUGGUUGUAAAAUUGUCUUCCCCUCCUCACUAAAAAACAUAGACAUUAGCAAAGGGUUCUCCAUGGUACUAGUCAUUUAUGUCUUGACCAUAAUUGUGGGCUGUAAAAAGCCAUAAAUGACCAUAAUUUUGAGUCCACCACCUGUUUCACUUGAUACUGAUAAACAUUACCUUUCACUUUCACACUAUAUUUAUUUUCUUAAAUUUGACAUACAAAAAAAUAUUACUUUGACCUGCAGAUAGCAGAUGCUGUUCGAGGCGUGUCGAUUUUCUUAUUGAUUGAAUUAAAUUUAACUUAAUUAAAUUAUACUAGAACCAAUACAGAAAUGAAGAACUAAUACUUAAAAAGACAUUAAAAGAUUCAAAAGAAAAGAAAAAGGAAAAUAAAAGACGCUCUUUGUAAAAGAGAAAAAAGCCCUUGAAUUUCUAAGGUUACUAAAAAUGUUGUAGAACUGGUCAAAUUCGACACAAUUUUGAAGUGUUGUCAUCUUAUUUUCGAUCUCAACUUCUUUAUGCUAGGAUUUUCUUUUUGGUUGUAGUUUUGUUUAGGCAGAAAGUGACAACAUAAGCUACCUACUUUGAUGCAAAGUCAAUUAUUUUCAAGGCGUUUUGACGGCGAUGUUCCUUACUUUAUCAUAUAAACUUAUUGUUUUUCAGGCUCUGAGGGUGUGUUUACAGUUCUGUUUGAAUACUGUCGUGUGUCAGACACUGCUUUAGAAUGUAUUCUGGAGAGAUUUGUGUCAAAUAAGCUGCCCAGUGAACCGGAGGACAUUAGAAUACGAGUAGUGACCAGCCUAGUGCAGGUAUGGAAACAUUUUCUUUCCAGCUGUGCCAGUGUCGUCAGAAUUUGGGAGGCGGGUGGCGUGGUGGCUGGGCAGCUAUUGAGGUGGUUGGCUGGACACGGUUUUUCGAGGGGUGGAUAACGCUAUCCACUGGAAAAAUCUUCAUCCGGUGGAUAGCCCAGUACGUUUUGUUAACACUUAUCCGCUUGAUAGCGAUUUAUCCGUUGGAUAGCGUUAUCCGCCCGCUAUAUAACUGGACCCUGAUCUAUAAACCCAAGUUAUGUCCUGUCUGGUACAUUGUGUUGUGUUCUUGGGCAAGACACGUUAUAUGUAAAGUGCCUCUCUUCAACCAGGGACAUGAAUGGGCACCGUUAUACUUUUAAGGAUGCAUAAAUGAUUGAUACAAUAUCUGGAGAAAUUCUGGAUGGUAAUUUGAAUUUAACCAGAAGCCCACUGCUGCAGUAUACUUUAGAACUGGGUUAAACUGGCGUAGUCAUGCCUGUCGUUUUUAUGUUCAGACUUAAAAUUACCUUACAGUUAUUAGGAAUUUUAGUCUUCCUUUUUUUAAUCCCCAUGAAACGGUUGCCCUUCUGUAAAUUUUUGUACACGAGAAAUCGAAACCACGCAAAAGUUAUUAUCUUCGGUUACCGCUCGCUACCCUUGAAUAACUGUUUGUAAUUCAGUUGUGUAAAUCUACGGGCGUUCCCGGCAUCACAAAUGUUGCAAUCUGAUUGGCAGCGCCACUCGCUAUCUAUUCCGUGAUAGACAGUCAAUAAAAUGAGUUACUUAACAUUGUGAAGUUGUAAACAAAAUUGAAUUAGAACCUUAGUCGGUUUUUUGUUUUUGCUAAGUUUGAGACGACUUGUGGAUUAAGAUACGAAAACCAUUAAAUAAUUCCCUAGAUUUAUAUGUGCGACAGUUGACCUGCGAUAGAAACAUCGAGCUCGUAAUCUAAUUUUUAAAUAAUUUCAAGUAAAAAUGAGAGUUAGACCUUGUUGACAAGCCCAGUUUGUUAUGCUUUGCAGAUUCUUCCCCAUUGCACGUGGAAAGAAUGGAAGAGAAUUCUUGCAGUGUGUCAGUUCCUUAUCAAGAGACAUGUUAUUCCGGUAAAUCUUUUCACGUGACGUUGUUUGGUUCAAUGGCACAUAACACAGGAGUAGGAAGAGUUGUGUUAGAAGCAAAGUGACCCCAAAACUUUAAAAGGGCAAGCGAAACUUAGUAACUGAAACAUGAAACGAAACGAGUGUCGAUAGUGAUCUAGGACGCCAAUGGUUUUGCUUUACGUUUUUCUGUGAUUGGCCAAGGAAACACCUCCAUCGCUCCAAUAUUAAACUCAAAACUAACACCAAUCGCGCCACUUCAUCGCCCCUAAGAUCUUCGGUUGAGUUCUCAGUGACUGAAAUAUUUAAACAGCAGUUUUAAAGUCGCUGCUGUGUAAUUCUGGAUGUUACUCAAUCAGGGAAGAAAACACAGCUGCUAUUAUAAUCACCUGGUUAUUCAUACAUGACCUAUCAUUCACUCCGUGUUCAGUGAAUGCUGUCAAAUAGUCCCAAUGUCUAAGUGAAUGUUGAAUGGUUAAACCCAGAACUGAUUUUGAUCACAGGGCUAGAAAACUGCUUUUCUCUAAUGUCCUCUUUUAUCGACUGUUACUCUCCAAAACUGGAGUUGCUUCAAAGCGUUUGUAUGUCAUUUCUCUGUAUUUCUCUGCCAGGUUUGUUCCUUUAGUGGUGUUUUGUGCCUCAAAACAGAAGAUGACGGUCAAGGUAAGUGCUUGGAAGUAGAGACAAGGAUACUUUUGCUACUUUAUUUUCAUUGUUUUUAUAAAUAGUCUUACAUGAAUACUCCUAAUCUCAGACGCCAACGCAACUAAAGGGAAUCGUAAUCAAGGGCGUAGCCAGCUUCUAGACUUGUUGUAGGCCUAUUCCCCCAGAAAGUUCAAUUUUUGUUUCAACAUUUGCAAGAGUCAUAUUAUAUGAAAGUCAAGCGGGCAGGAAAAAAAAAGAUUAAGUAGGCUUUGGGCUGGCUACGCCCCUAGUAAUAAUAAAUGUUCAACGCAACGGAUUCUAUUUAAUUUCAAUCAGUUCUAACAUUUUGUACCGUUCCUCAAUCAAAAUGAUUUCUCAACAGAAACUUCUCUCUAGUUGGGUUUAGAAUUUAAUCAGAAAGAGGCCUUGAGAUAAGACAAUUAUUUUAAUGAUUAUUAAUUAUAAGGAAUUUUUUUUAUUUAGUUUCAGAUGUGUGUGAACUUUCUGCGUUGCUCUUAAAUAUGAUGGAAACUCUUGGUAGCCCCUUGUGCAAUUCGUGGGCCACCCCUCAUGUGUGGCUUUACGUCAUUAAGCAUUAUAUCACCGCAAUAAAAGAAGCUGUGAAUGAAAACGUGAGUAAAACAUUCUUUCUUUUUUUUUUCUUUUUCGAUUCCCACCUGUAACCACAAAGUAGACUUGUUGAAGAAAUGUAUAAGGUUUAAAAGUUGGUCAAAAAUUGUUCUGUCAUUGCCAUGAAGUUUACAUUCCGGUCUAUUGAGAUAUGUUUAAACUUCGGCAUUUGCCACCGAGAAGUCAUUCUUGUAAGUUUUUUUUUUUCAGCUAAUAAACCACAAUGGCUUACUAGAUACUUGCUGGUGUCUUAAACUGAUAUAGCAAAGUAUGGUGAAGUGUGGUCUCUGUUUCGUUUCAGACCAAUGCGAUGGUAACAGCAUCCGUAUUUGGACAUCUUUGUCACGUGAUGACCUUUGCACCAGUUGUCUGCCUGGAUCAGUUGUUCGUUCUUUGCCUAGACUUGGUAACCAGGCCUUCAGUGUCCAGCAGUGACGUUAUUGAGUGGAUGAAGAUGUCAAUCAACAGAUUGUCAUCUCAGGUGCACAAGACAGCCCUGAUGCAAAAACUGGCUCAAAGUAAUUAAAUGACUGCAAAUUUCAAACAAUGUUGAAGAUACCGCUAGCUAUGGCAGACGCGUUUUGGGAAAAUCGUUUGACUGCAAAGAGGGAAAGUAUGUUUUUGAGAUCUCAGAAUGAAGCCGAUCGUAGCUCUGAGAGAGUGUAUCCAGCUGCCUUAGCACGACAAAGACAUAAAUGCUCUUUUUCAUCGUAGAAAAUAAAGUUCUUAAACAAUUUUUAUCUUUCUUUUAAUCUUUCUUGAAUUUCAUACUGAAGUAUGUGUAUUCCAAAACAGGUUUACCUGACGUGUAUCUUUAUUGUAAGACGUAAACAUGAUGUGUCUUUAAUUUAUACUAACUAUACUGGAUGUGCAAAAGCGUGAGUGAUUUAGUCAUCUGUCUAAUGUUAGCAAUAAGAGAAAGUAAAAAGAAUGUAAUAAACUGUGUAGCAAUGUUC